CGUUAUCUAUCUGGAUAAAAAUUAUUACAUGUUGUGCUUUCUCAGUUAGAGAGUAAAUAAUAUAGUCUCUACAAGAAAUUCAGAAUUAAAUAUGAAUUGUCUGUUGGCAUUUGCAAUCAUUUCAGUCGUCUUGGCAAAUCCAAUCGACCGACUAGAUUUUAUGAAAGAUAAGCUGACAAAAGAACUCGAUAAAACAUCAAGCGUCAGUAAUUAUAUGGUGGUACCCGAUACCCGACAGAUGACAGUGAAGCCAGUAACCACGACAACAAAAAAAGCUAUAGAUAAUAAAAAUACUGUUAAAACAACAACUAAGAAACCAUCAACGACAAUGAAAACCACUUCAAAAACCACUACUAAGCCGAAGUUAUCCAUAACAACACCAAAAACUUCAAAAACAACAACAAAACCAAAAAUUGAGGCCUCAACACAAAAAAAAUUUACAACAACAGGAAAAUUAACAACAACAAACAGAAAAACUACUUCAAAAACUACAAACGCAAAAUCGACAAUUAUUACGUCUAGUACUAUUAAGCUAGCUGCCACAACAGCAAAAACAACAACCACUAAAUCAUUGGCGACAACAACAUCCAAGUCCACAACAAAAGCAAAACCAACAACUAAAUUAGCCACAACAUUGAAGCCUUUGUCAACAAAAGUAACUACAACAGCCAAAUCCACAACAGCAGUGAGAUCAACGUUCACAACCAAACCGCCAAUCACAACAAAAUUAACGACAACCAAAAAGCCUUUAACAACUUCAACUAAACCAACAACGUCAACAAAAGCUUCCACCACAACCAAAUUAACGAAAACGACAGCUACAACUAAAUCAAAGUCUACGACAAAACCGUCGACCACAGCAAUUAAAUUGACAACCACAAAGCCUACAACAACUACAACAAAACCAACUUCAACCAAACCAAAAACCACAACUAAAUUAACACCAACUACAAAGCCUUUAACAACUACAACUAAAUCUACGUCAUCAACCAAACCGUCGGCCACAAGUAAAUUAACUACAACAACAAAGCCGACAACCACUACUAGACCAAAAUCAACCAAACCAUCAACUACAUCUAAACCUACAUCAUCAACGAAAACAAGGACCACAACUAAAUUAACGACAACCUCAAAGCCUUUAACAACUACAACUAAACCAAAAACAACCAAACAAUCAACCACAAGUAAAUUAACGACAACAACAAAGCCUUCAACAACUACAACUAAACCAAAGACAACCAAACCAUUAACCACAACUAAAUUUACGACACCCACAAAGCCUUCAACAACUACAACUAAACCAAAAACAACCAAACCAUCAACCACAACUAAAAAAACGACAACCACAAAGCCUUCAACAACUACAACUAAACCAAAAACAACAAAACAAUCAACCACAAAUAAAUUACCGUCAACCACAAAGCCUUCAACGACUACAACUAAACCAAAAACAACCAAACCAUCAACCACAACUAAAUUGACGACAACAACAAAGACUUCAACGACUACAACUAAACCAAAAACAACCAAACCAUCAACCACAACUACUGAACAGCCAACAUCCACAACAGCUAAGCCUACAACAACUAGGGAGGAUCCGACGACAACAACUACUGAACAGAAAACAUCUACAACAGCUAAGCCUACUACAACUACGAAAGAACCGACGACAUCAACUAAUGAAAAGCCAACAUCCACAACAGCUAAGCCAACCACCACUACAGCUGAGACAACUACCACUACUGAACAGCCAACAUCCACAACAGUUAAGUCCACUAUAACUACGGAAAAACCGACGACAACAACUACUGAACAGCCAACAUCAACAACAGCUAAGCCAACAACCACUACAGCUAAGCCCACUUCAACUACUGAACAGCCAACAUCCACAACAGCUAAGCCCACUACAACUACGGAAGAACUAACGACAACAACAACUGAACAGCCAACAUCAACAACAGAUAAGCCCACUACAACUACGGAAGAACCAACCACAACAACUACUGAACAGCCAACAUCCACAACAGCUAAGCCCACUACAACAACGGAACAACUCACGACAACAACUACUGAACAGCAAACAUCCAUAACAGCUAAGCCAACAACCACUACAGCUGGGACCACUACCACUACUGAACAGCCAACAUCCACAACACCUAAGCCCACUACAACUACGGAAGAACCAAAGACAACAACUGCUGAACCGCAAACAUCCACAACAGCUAAGCCAGCCACCACUACAGCUGAGACCACUACAACUACUGAACAGCCAACAUCCCCAGCAGCUAAGCCAACAACCACUACAGUUGAACCCACUACAACUACUGAAAAGCCAACAUCCACAACAACUAAGCCCACUACAACUACGGAAGAACCAACGGCAACAACUACUAAACAGCCAACAUCCACAACAGCUAAGCCCACUACAACUACGGAAGAGCUCACUACAAUAACCACUGAACAGACAACGACUCUUACAGAGUCAAAGACAACAGCAGCUGAACCAACAACUACCACGGCUAAACCCACGACAACAGCUGUUGCGACAACCACUACUGCAGAGAAAACGACUACUUCUGCUGAGCCAACUUCAACUACGGAAGAGCCCACGACAACAACUACUGAACAGCCAACAACCACAACAGCUGAGCCCACUACAACAGCUGUUGAAACAACUACUACUUCAGAGCCAACGACAACUUCUGCUGAGCCAACGACCACAACAGCUGAGCCCGCUAAAACUACAGAAGAGCCCACAAUCACAACUACUGAAAAGCCAACAUCCACAACAGCUGAGUCAACAACUACAACAGCUGAGCCCACUACAACAACCACUGAACAGACAACGACUGAUACUGAGUCAACUACUACAACAGCUGAACCAACAACUACCACGGCUGAACCCACGACAACAGCUGUUGAGACAACCACUACUGCAGAGGAAACGACAACUUCUGCUGAGCCAAUUUCAACAACAGAAGAGCCCACGACCACAACUACUGUACAGGCAACAACCACAAUAGCUGAGCCCACUACAACAACCACUGAACAGACAGCGACUGUUACUGACUCAACAACUACAACAGCUGAACCAACAACUACAACGGCUGAACCCACGACAACAGCUGUUGAGACAACCACUACUGCAGAGCAAACGACAACUUCUGCUGAGCCAACUUCAACAACAGAAGAGCCCACGACAACAACUACUGAACAGCCAACAACCACAACAGCUGAGUCCACUACAACAGCUGUUGAAACUACUACUGCAGAGCCAACGACCACAACAGCUGUUGAAACUACUACUGCAGAGCCAACGACCACAACAGCUGAGCCCACUACAACUAUAGAAGAGCCCACGACAACAACUACUGAAAAACCAACAUCCACAACAGCUGAUUCAACAACUACAACAGCUGAGCCCACUACAACAACCACUGAACAGACAACGACUGUUACUGAGUCAACAACUACAACAGCUGAACCAACAACUACAACGGCUGAACCAAAGACAACAGCUGUUGAGACUACCACUACUGCAGAGCAAACGACAACAUCCGCUGAGCCAACUUCAACAACAGAAGAGCACACGACAACAACUACUGAACAGCCAACAACCACAACAGCUGAGCCCACUACAACAGCUGUUGAAACUACUACUGCAGAGCCAACGACCACAACAGCUGAGCCCACUACAACUACAGAAGAGCCCACGACCACAACUACUGAAAAGCCAACAUCCACAACAGCUGAUUCAACAACUACAACAGCUGAGCCCACUACAACAACCACUGAACAGACAACGACUGUUACUGAGUCAACAACUACAACAGCUGAACCAACAACUACAACGGCUGAACCAACGACAACAGCUGUUGAGACAACCACUACUGCAGAGCAAACGACAACUUCUGCUGAGCCAACUUCAACAACAGAAGAGCCCACGACGACAACUACUGAACAGCCAACAACCAUAACAGCUGAGCCCACUACAACAACCACUGAACAGACAACGACUGUUACUGAGUCAACAACUACAACAGCUGAACCAACAACUACAACAACUGAACCCACGACAACAGCUUUUGAGACAACCAAUACUGCAGAGCAAACGACAACUUCCGCUGAGCCAACUUCAACAACAGAAGAGCCCACGACAACAACUACUGAACAGCCAACAACCACAAGAGCUGAGCCCACUACAUCAGCUGUUGAAACUACUACUGCAGAGCCAACGACCACAACAGCUGAGCCCACUACAACUACAAAAGAGCCCACGACCACAACUACUGAAAAUCCAACAUCCACAACAGCUGAUUCAACAACUACAACAGCUGAGUCCACUACAACAACCACUGAACAGACAACGACUGUUAGUGAGUCAACAACUACAACAGCUGAACCAACAACUAUAACGGCUGAACCAACGACAACAGCUGUUGAGACAACCACUACUGCAGAGCAAACGACAACUUCCGCUGAGCCAACUUCAACAACAGAAGAGCCCACGACAAACACUACUGAACAGCCAACAACCACAAGAGCUGAGCCCACUACAACAGCUGUUGAAACUACUACUGCAGAGCCAACGACCACAACAGCUGAGCCCACUACAACAACCACUGAACAGACAACGACUGUUACUGAGUCAACAACUACAACAGCUGAACCAACAACUAUAACGGCUGAACCAACGACAACAGCUGUUGAGACAACCACUACUGCAGAGGAAACGACAACUUCUGCUGAGCCAACUUCAACAACAGAAGAGCCCACGACAACAACUACUGAACAGCCAACAACCACAACAGCUGAGCCCACUACAACAACCACUGAACAGACAACGACUGUUACUGAGUCAACAACUACAACAGCUGAACCAACAACUACAACGACUGAACCCACGACAACAGCUUUUGAGACAACCACUACUGCAGAGCAAACGACAACUUCCGCUGAGCCAACUUCAACAACAGAAGAGCCCACGACAACAACUACUGAACAGCAAACAACCACAAGAGCUGAGCCCACUACAACAGCUGUUGAAACUACUACUGCAGAGCCAACGACCACAACAGCUGAGCCCACUACAACAACCACUGAACAGACAACGACUGUUACUGAGUCAACAACUACAACAGCUGAACCAACAACUAUAACGGCUGAACCAACGACAACAGCUGUUGAGACAACCACCACUGCAGAGCAAACGACAACUUCCGCUGAGCCAACUUCAACAACAGAAGAGCCCACGACAACAACUACUGAACAGCCAACAACCACAAGAGCUGAGCCCACUACAACAGCUGUUGAAACUACUACUGCAGAGCCAACGACCACAACAGCUGAGCCCACUACAACUACAGAAGAGCCCACGACCACAACUACUGAAAAGCCAACAUCCACAACAGCUGAUUCAACAACUACAACAGCUGAGCCCACUACAACAACCACUGAACAGACAACGACUGUUAGUGAGUCAACAACUACAACAGCUGAACCAACAACUACAACGGCUGAACCAACGACAACAGCUGUUGAGACAACCACUACUGCAGAGCAAACGACAACUUCUGCUGAGCCAACUUCAACAACAGAAGAGCCCACGACGACAACUACUGAACAGCCAACAACCAUAACAGCUGAGCCCACUACAACAACCACUGAACAGACAACGACUGUUACUGAGUCAACAACUACAACAGCUGAACCAACAACUACAACAACUGAACCCACGACAACAGCUUUUGAGACAACCAAUACUGCAGAGCAAACGACAACUUCCGCUGAGCCAACUUCAACAACAGAAGAGCCCACGACAACAACUACUGAACAGCCAACAACCACAAGAGCUGAGCCCACUACAUCAGCUGUUGAAACUACUACUGCAGAGCCAACGACCACAACAGCUGAGCCCACUACAACUACAAAAGAGCCCACGACCACAACUACUGAAAAUCCAACAUCCACAACAGCUGAUUCAACAACUACAACAGCUGAGCCCACUACAACAACCACUGAACAGACAACGACUGUUAGUGAGUCAACAACUACAACAGCUGAACCAACAACUACAACGGCUGAACCAACGACAACAGCUGUUGAGACAACCACUACUGCAGAGCAAACGACAACUUCUGCUGAGCCAACUUCAACAACAGAAGAGCCCACGACAACAACUACUGAACAGCCAACAACCAUAACAGCUGAGCCCACUACAACAACCACUGAACAGACAACGACUGUUACUGAGUCAACAACUACAACAGCUGAACCAACAACUACAACAACUGAACCCACGACAACAGCUUUUGAGACAACCAAUACUGCAGAGCAAACGACAACUUCCGCUGAGCCAACUUCAACAACAGAAGAGCCCACGACAACAACUACUGAACAGCCAACAACCACAAGAGCUGAGCCCACUACAUCAGCUGUUGAAACUACUACUGCAGAGCCAACGACCACAACAGCUGAGCCCACUACAACUACAAAAGAGCCCACGACCACAACUACUGAAAAUCCAACAUCCACAACAGCUGAUUCAACAACUACAACAGCUGAGCCCACUACAACAACCACUGAACAGACAACGACUGUUAGUGAGUCAACAACUACAACAGCUGAACCAACAACUACAACGGCUGAACCAACGACAACAGCUGUUGAGACAACCACUACUGCAGAGCAAACGACAACUUCUGCUGAGCCAACUUCAACAACAGAAGAGCCCACGACAACAACUACUGAACAGCCAACAACCAUAACAGCUGAGCCCACUACAACAACCACUGAACAGACAACGACUGUUACUGAGUCAACAACUACAACAGCUGAACCAACAACUACAACAACUGAACCCACGACAACAGCUUUUGAGACAACCAAUACUGCAGAGCAAACGACAACUUCCGCUGAGCCAACUUCAACAACAGAAGAGCCCACGACAACAACUACUGAACAGCCAACAACCACAAGAGCUGAGCCCACUACAUCAGCUGUUGAAACUACUACUGCAGAGCCAACGACCACAACAGCUGAGCCCACUACAACUACAAAAGAGCCCACGACCACAACUACUGAAAAUCCAACAUCCACAACAGCUGAUUCAACAACUACAACAGCUGAGCCCACUACAACAACCACUGAACAGACAACGACUGUUAGUGAGUCAACAACUACAACAGCUGAACCAACAACUACAACGGCUGAACCAACGACAACAGCUGUUGAGACAACCACUACUGCAGAGCAAACGACAACUUCUGCUGAGCCAACUUCAACAACAGAAGAGCCCACGACAACAACUACUGAACAGCCAACAACCAUAACAGCUGAGCCCACUACAACAACCACUGAACAGACAACGACUGUUACUGAGUCAACAACUACAACAGCUGAACCAACAACUACAACAACUGAACCCACGACAACAGCUUUUGAGACAACCAAUACUGCAGAGCAAACGACAACUUCCGCUGAGCCAACUUCAACAACAGAAGAGCCCACGACAACAACUACUGAACAGCCAACAACCACAAGAGCUGAGCCCACUACAUCAGCUGUUGAAACUACUACUGCAGAGCCAACGACCACAACAGCUGAGCCCACUACAACUACAAAAGAGCCCACGACCACAACUACUGAAAAGCCAACAUCCACAACAGCUGAUUCAACAACUACAACAGCUGAGUCCACUACAACAACCACUGAACAGACAACGACUGUUACUGAGUCAACAACUACAACAGCUGAACCAACAACUAUAACGGCUGAACCAACGACAACAGCUGUUGAGACAACCACUACUGCAGAGCAAACGACAACUUCCGCUGAGCCAACUUCAACAACAGAAGAGCCCACGACAAACACUAAUGAACAGCCAACAACCACAAGAGCUGAGCCCACUACAACAGCUGUUGAAACUACUACUGCAGAGCCAACGACCACAACAGCUGAGCCCACUACAACUACAGAAGAGCCCACGACCACAACUACUGAAAAGCCAACAUCCACAACAGCUGAUUCAACAACUACAACAGCUGAGCCCACUACAACAACCACUGAACAGACAACGACUGUUAGUGAGUCAACAACUACAACAGCUGAACCAACAACUACAACGGCUGAACCAACGACAACAGCUGUUGAGACAACCACUACUGCAGAGCAAACGACAACUUCUGCUGAGCCAACUUCAACAACAGAAGAGCCCACGACAACAACUACUGAACAGCCAACAACCACAACAGCUGAGCCCACUACAACAACCACUGAACAGACAACGACUGUUACUGAGUCAACAACUACAACAGCUGAACAAACAACUACAACGACUGAACCCACGACAACAGCUUUUGAGACAACCACUACUGCAGAGCAAACGACAACUUCCGCUGAGCCAACUUCAACAACAGAAGAGCCCACGACAACAACUACUGAACAGCCAACAACCACAAGAGCUGAGCCCACUACAACAGCUGUUGAAACUACUACAGGAGAGCCCACGACCACAACUACUGAAAAACCAACAUCCACAACAGCUGAUUCAAUAACUAAAACAGCUGAGCCCACUAGAACAACCACUGAACAGACAACGACUGUUACUGAGUCAACAACUACAACAGCUGAACCAACAACUACAACGACUGAACCCACGACAACAGCUUUUGAGACAACCAAUACUGCAGAGCAAACGACAACUUCCGCUGAGCCAACUUCAACAACAGAAGAGCCCACGACAAACACUAAUGAACAGCCAACAACCACAAGAGCUGAGCCCACUACAACAGCUGUUGAAACUACUACUGCAGAGCCAACGACCACAACAGCUGAGCCCACUACAACUACAGAAGAGCCCACGACCACAACUACUGAAAAGCCAACAUCCACAACAGCUGAUUCAACAACUACAACAGCUGAGCCCACUACAACAACCACUGAACAGACAACGACUGUUAGUGAGUCAACAACUACAACAGCUGAACCAACAACUACAACGGCUGAACCAACGACAACAGCUGUUGAGACAACCACUACUGCAGAGCAAACGACAACUUCUGCUGAGCCAACUUCAACAACAGAAGAGCCCACGACAACAACUACUGAACAGCCAACAACCACAACAGCUGAGCCCACUACAACAACCACUGAACAGACAACGACUGUUACUGAGUCAACAACUACAACAGCUGAACAAACAACUACAACGACUGAACCCACGACAACAGCUUUUGAGACAACCACUACUGCAGAGCAAACGACAACUUCCGCUGAGCCAACUUCAACAACAGAAGAGCCCACGACAACAACUACUGAACAGCCAACAACCACAAGAGCUGAGCCCACUACAACAGCUGUUGAAACUACUACAGGAGAGCCCACGACCACAACUACUGAAAAACCAACAUCCACAACAGCUGAUUCAAUAACUAAAACAGCUGAGCCCACUAGAACAACCACUGAACAGACAACGACUGUUACUGAGUCAACAACUACAACAGCUGAACCAACAACUACAACGACUGAACCCACGACAACAGCUUUUGAGACAACCAAUACUGCAGAGCAAACGACAACUUCCGCUGAGCCAACUUCAACAACAGAAGAGCCCACGACAAACACUAAUGAACAGCCAACAACCACAAGAGCUGAGCCCACUACAACAGCUGUUGAAACUACUACUGCAGAGCCAACGACCACAACAGCUGAGCCCACUACAACUACAGAAGAGCCCACGACCACAACUACUGAAAAGCCAACAUCCACAACAGCUGAUUCAACAACUACAACAGCUGAGCCCACUACAACAACCACUGAACAGACAACGACUGUUAGUGAGUCAACAACUACAACAGCUGAACCAACAACUACAACGGCUGAACCAACGACAACAGCUGUUGAGACAACCACUACUGCAGAGCAAACGACAACUUCUGCUGAGCCAACUUCAACAACAGAAGAGCCCACGACAACAACUACUGAACAGCCAACAACCACAACAGCUGAGCCCACUACAACAACCACUGAACAGACAACGACUGUUACUGAGUCAACAACUACAACAGCUGAACAAACAACUACAACGACUGAACCCACGACAACAGCUUUUGAGACAACCACUACUGCAGAGCAAACGACAACUUCCGCUGAGCCAACUUCAACAACAGAAGAGCCCACGACAACAACUACUGAACAGCCAACAACCACAAGAGCUGAGCCCACUACAACAGCUGUUGAAACUACUACAGGAGAGCCCACGACCACAACUACUGAAAAACCAACAUCCACAACAGCUGAUUCAAUAACUAAAACAGCUGAGCCCACUAGAACAACCACUGAACAGACAACGACUGUUACUGAGUCAACAACUACAACAGCUGAACCAACAACUACAACGACUGAACCCACGACAACAGCUUUUGAGACAACCACUAUUGCAGAGCAAACGACAACUUCUGCUGAGCCAACUUCAACAAUAGAAGAGUCCACGACAACAACUACUGAACAGCCAACAACCACAACAGCUGAGCCCACUACAACAGCUGUUGAAACUACUACUACUGCCGAGCCAACGACAACUUCUGCUGAUCCAAUGACCACAACAGCUGAGCCGACUACAACUACAGAAGAGUCCACGACCACAGCUACUGAAAAGCCAACAUCCACAUCAGCUGAUUCAACAACUACAACAGCUGAGCCAACUACAACAACCACUGAACAGACAACGACUGUUACUGAGUCAACAACUACAACAGCUGAACCAACAACUACAACGGCUGAACCAACGACAACAGCUGUUGAGACAACCACUACUGCAGAGCAAACGACAACUUCUGCUGAGCCAACUUCAACAACAGAAGAGCCCACGACAACAACCACUGAACAGCCAACAACCACAACAGCUGAGCCCACUACAACAACCACUGAACAGACAACGACUGUUAAUGAGUCAACAACUACAACAGCUGAACCAACAACUACAACGGCUGAACCCACGACAACAGCUGUUGAGACAACCACUACUGCAGAGCAAACAACAACUUCCGCUGAGCCAACUUCAACAACAGAAGAGCCCACGAAAACAACUACUGAACAGCCAACAACCACAACAGCUGAGCCCACUACAACAGCUGUUGAAACUACUACUGCAGAGCCAACGACCACAACAGCUGAGCCCACUACAACUACAGAAGAGCCCACGACCACAACUACUGAAAAGCAAACAUCCACAACAGCUGAUUCAACAACUACAACAGCUGAGCCAACUACAACUAAAGAAGAGCCCACUACAACAACCACUGAACAGACAACGACUGUUACUGAGUCAACAACUACAACAGCUGAACCAACAACUACCACGACUGAACCCACGACAACAGCUGUUGAGACAACCACUACUGCAGAGCAAACGACAAUUUCUGCUGAGCCAACUUCAACAACAGAAGAGCCCACGACAACAACCACUGUACAGGCAACAACCACAACAGCUGAGCCCACUACAACAACCACUGAACAGACAACGACUGUUACUGAGUCAACAACUUCAACAGCUGAACCAACAACUACAACGGCUGAACCCACGACAACAGCUUUUGAGACAACAACUACUGCAGAGCAAACGACAACUUCUGCUGAGCCAACUUCAACAACAGAAGAGCCUACGACAACAACUACUGAACAGCCAAUUACCACAACAGCUGAGCCCACUGCAACAGCUGUUGAAACUACUACUGCAGAGCCAACGACCACAAUAGCUGAGCCCACUACAACUACAGAAGAGCCCACGACCACAACUACUGAAAAGCCAACAUCCACAACAGCUGAUUCAACAACUACAACAGCUGAGCCCACUACAACAACCACUGAACAGACAACAACUGUUACUGAGUCAACAACUACAACAGCUGAACCAACAACUACCACGGCUGAACCAACGACAACAGCUGUUGAGACAACCGCUACUGCAGAGCAAACAACAACUUCUGCUGAGCCAACUUCAACUACAGAAGAGCCCACGACAACAACUACUGUACAGGCAACAACCACACUAGCUGAGCACACUACAACAACCACUGAACAGACAACUACUGUUACUGAGUCAACAACUACAACAGCUGAACCAACAACUACAACGGCUGAACCCACGACAACAGUUGUUGAGACAACCACUACUGCAGAGCAAUCGAAAACUUCUGCUGAGCCAACUUCAACAACAGAAGAGCCUACGACAACAACUACUGAACAGCCAACAACCACAACAGCUGAUCCCACUGCAACAGCUGUUGAAACAACUUCUACUGCAGAGCCAACGACAACUUCUGCUGAGCCAACGACCACAACAGCUGAGCCCACGACUACAACUACUGAAAAGCCAACAUCCGCAACAGCUGAGUCAACAACUACAACAGCUGAGCCCACUACAACUACAGAAGAGCCCACUACAACAACCACUGGACAGACAACGACUGUUACUGGGUCAACAACUACAACAGCUGAACCAACAACUAAAACGGCUGAACCAACGACAACAGCUGUCGAAACAACCACUACUGCAGAGCAAACGACAACUUCUGCUGAGCUAACAUCAACAACAGAAGAGCCCACGACAACACCUACUGAACAGCCAACAACCACAACAGCUGAGCUCACUACAACAGCUGUUGAAACAACUACUACUGCAGAGCCCACGAUAACUUCUGCUGAUUCAAACACCACAACAGCUGAGCCCACUACAACUACAGAAGAGCCCACGACCACAACUACUAUGAGCCCACUACAACAGCUGUUGAGACAACCACUACUGCAGACUGAGCCCACUACAACAGCUGUUGAAACAACUACUACUUCUGCUGAGCCAACGACCACAACAGCUGAGCCCUCUUCAACUACAGGAGAGCCCACGACCACAAAUACUGAAAAGCCAACAUCCACAACAGCUGAGUCAACAACUACAACAGCUGAGACCACUAAAACAACCACUGAACAGACAACGACUGUUACUGAGUCAACAACUACAACAGCUGAACCCACGACAACAGCUGUUGAGACAACCACUACUGCAGAGCAAACGAUAAUUUCUGCUGCGCCAACUUCAACUAAAGAAGAGCCCACGACAACAACCACUGUACAGGCAACAACCACAACAGCUGAGCCCACUACAACAACCACUGAACAGACAACGACUGUUACUGAGUCAACAACUACAACAGCUGAACCAACAACUACCACGGCUGAACCAACGACAACAGCUGUUGAGACAACCACUACUGCAGAGCAAACGACAACUUCUGCUGAGCCAAUUUCAACAACAGAAGAGCCCACGACAACAACUACUGAACAGCCAACAACAACAACAGCUGUUGAAACAACUACUACUGCAGAGCCAACGACUACUUCUGCUGAGCCAACGACCACAACAGCUGAGCCCUCUUCAACUACAGGAGAGCCCACGACCACAACUACUGAAAAGCCAACAUCCACAACAGCUGAGUCAACUACCACAACAGCUGAGCCCACUACAACAGCUGUUGAAACUACUACUGCAGAGCCAACGACCACAACAGCUGAGCCCACUACAACUACAGAAGAGACCACGACCACAACUACUGAAAAGCCAACAUCCACAACAGCUGAGUCAACAACUACAACAGCUGAGCCCACUACAACAACCCCUGAACAGACAACGACUGUUACUGAGUCAACAACUACAACAGCUGAACCAACAACUACCACGGCUGAACCAACGACAACAGCUAUUGAGAACACCACUACUGCAGAGCAAACGACAAUUUCUGCUGCGCCAACUUCAACUGCAGAAGAGCCCACGACAACCACCACUGUACAGUCAACAACUACAACAGCUGAACCAACAACUAUAACGGCUGAACUAACGACAACAGCUGUUGAGACAACCACUACUGCAGAGCAAACGACAAUUUCUGCUGAGCCAAUUUCAACAACAGAAGAGCCCACGACAACAACUACUGAACAGCCAACAACCUCAAUAGCUGAGCCCACUACAACAGCUGUUGAAACAACUACUACUGUAGAGCCAACGACUACUUCUGUUGAGCCAACGACCACAACAGCUGAGCCCUCUUCAACUACAGGAGAGCCCACGACCACAACUACUGAAAAGCCGACAUCCACAACAGCUGAGUCAACAACCACAACAGCUGAGCCCACUACAACAGCUGUUGAAACUACUACUGCAGAGCCAACGACCACAACAGCUGAGCCCACUACAACUACAGAAGAGACCACGACCACAACUACUGAAAAGCCAACAUCCACAACAGCUGAGUCAACAACUACAACAGCUGAGCCCACUACAACAACCCCUGAACAGACAACGACUGUUACUGGGUCAACAACUACAACAGCUGAACCAACAACUACCACGGCUGAACCCACGACAACAGCUGUUGAGACAACCACUACUGCAGAGCAAUCGACAACUUCUGCUGAGCCAACUUCAACUACCGAAAAGCCCACGACAACAACCACUGUACAGGCAACAACCACAACAGAAGAGCCCACUACAACAAGCACUGAACAGACAACGACUGUUACUGAGUCAACAAUUACAACAGCUGAACCAACUACUACCACGUCUGAACCCACGACAACAGUUGUUGAGACAACUACUACUGCAGAGUCAACGACAUUUUCUGCUGAGCCAACUACAACUACUGCUGAAACCACAACAAGCACGGUUGAGCCUACUACCACCACAGAUGAAUCUAUUUCAACGACUACUGAGGCCACAACCACAACAAUGGAAUCCACUUUGAGCACAAAAGAGCAGACGACAACAACUGCUGAUUUUACAACCACAACAGCUGCACCAACCUCGACAACUGUUGAGGAAACGAGUACUGCAGAGCCCACAACCUCAACAGCUGAAACUACUUCCACCACGAAAACUUCUGAAGGACCCACUUCCACAACAGCUGAACCUACUACUACAACUGUUGAACCAACAACUACUAAAGAGAUAACCACAACUACUGCAGACCCAACAUCAACUACUGCUGAAACCACAACAACCAUAACAACAGAACCCACGUCGAAACCGUUGAGGAAACAACUACUCAAAUGCCGACAACCCCAAUAG